AUGAGCUCCUACCAGCAGAAACAGCCCUUUGUCGCACCUCCUCAGCCUCAACAGCAUCAAGUGAAGCAACCUUGUCAGCCUCCACCACAAGGAAAAUUUGUUCCCAUACCCAUCACGGAGCCAUGCUAUGCAGAUGUUCCACAACCAGGAAACACUAAGACUCCAGAGCCUUUCAACACCAAAGUGCCUGAGCCAGGCUACACUGUCGUCCUUGAGCCAGAUUAUACCACAAUGCCUGGGCCAUGCACUACCAACGCCACUAACCAAGACUAUACCACAAUGCCCGGGUCAUGGUCUACCAACGCCACUAAGCAAGACUAUACCACAAUGCCUGGGCCGUGCUUGACCAACACUGCUGAGCAAGAUUAUACCACAAUGCCUGGGCCAUGUACUACCAACACCAGUAAACAAGAUUAUACCACAAUCCCUGGACCACGCUUGACCAACACUGCUGAGCAAGAUUAUACCACAAUUCCUGGGCCAUGUACUACCAACACCAGUAAACAAGAUUAUACCACAAUCCCUGGACCACGCUUGACCAACACUGCUGAGCAAGAUUAUACCACAAUGCCUGGGCCAUGUACUACCAACACCAGUAAACAAGAUUAUACCACAAUCCCUGGACCACGCUUGACCAACACUGCUGAGCAAGAUUAUACCACAAUGCCUGGGCCAUGUACUACCAACACCAGUAAACAAGAUUAUACCACAAUCCCUGGACCACGCUUGACCAACACUGCUGAGCAAGAUUAUACCACAAUGCCUGGACCAUGUACUACCAACACCAGUAAACAAGAUUAUACCACAAUCCCUGGACCACGCUUGACCAACACUGCUGAGCAAGAUUAUACCACAAUGCCUGGGCCAUGCACUACCAACGCCAGUAAACAAGAUUAUACCACAAUCCCUGGACCACGCUUGACCAACACUGCUGAGCAAGAUUAUACCACAAUGCCUGGGCCAUGCACGACCAACACCAGUAAACAAGAUUAUACCACAAUCCCUGGACCACGCUUGACCAACACUGCUGAGCAAGAUUAUACCACAAUGCCUGGGCCAUGCACUACCAACACCAGUAAACAAGAUUAUACCACAAUCCCUGGACCACGCUUGACCAACACUGCUGAGCAAGAUUAUACCACAAUGCCUGGGCCAUGCACUACCAAUGCCAGUAAACAAGAUUAUACCACAAUCCCUGGGCCAUGCACUACCAAUACCACUAGGCAAGAUUAUACCACAGUUCCCGGGCCAUGCUCUACCAACAUCCCUGGGCCAGAUUGUACCAUGGUUCCUGGGCCAUGCACUACCAAUUUCACUGAACCUGGCUAUGUGAAUGUCUCAGAACCCAACUAUACCAAGGUCCCUGAUCAGGGCUACACCAAUGUACCUGGCCAGGGAUAUUCUAAGGUACCAGAACCAUGUCAGGCUAAGGUUACUGAGGUAUACCCCACAAAUGUCAUUCCACAAUCAACUCAGCAGAAGACCAAGCAGAAGUAA